CUGCCAGGGGCCAAGAAGGGACAACUCCGAUUGCUCCAGCUCAGACUGGUCCUGGCAAGGUCGUAUGGAGGAGCCAGAGCAGGGAUUUGCAGCAGGACGCCAUACUUGCAGACCGGGCAUCCUCCCAGGACCCACUAGGGUCUCCUCUCCCCAAGAUGAUACCUGGAAUUGGGGCGUUUACCCGGGACACACUAUGGUGCUUCAGCCAAGUGAAAGGCACUAUGGAGACUGGAACCACCGAAGGCUCGGACCAUGGUGCAGUCCCACUGGCUCCCCUGCCCCCCUCUCCUGUGAGACUGGCUGCGGGGAGGGAUCAUGGAUACUUGUCUGCCGGCUUCUGGUUCCCACGCAAGUAAGCCUGCUGUCAAUGGAGGAGGACAUUGAUACCCGCAAAAUCAACAACAGUUUCCUGCGCGACCACAGCUAUGCGACCGAAGCUGACAUUAUCUCUACGGUAGAAUUCAACCACACGGGAGAAUUACUAGCGACAGGGGACAAGGGGGGUCGGGUUGUAAUAUUUCAACGAGAGCAGGAGAGUAAAAAUCAGGUUCAUCGUAGGGGUGAAUACAAUGUUUACAGCACAUUCCAGAGCCAUGAACCCGAGUUCGAUUACCUGAAGAGUUUAGAAAUAGAAGAAAAAAUCAAUAAAAUAAGAUGGCUCCCUCAGCAGAAUGCAGCCUACUUCCUUCUGUCUACUAAUGAUAAAACUGUGAAGCUGUGGAAAGUCAGCGAGCGUGAUAAGAGGCCAGAAGGCUACAACCUGAAAGAUGAGGAGGGCCGGCUGCGGGAUCCUGCCACCAUCACCACCUUGCGGGUGCCUGUCCUGAGACCCAUGGACCUGAUGGUGGAGGCCACCCCGCGAAGAGUAUUUGCCAACGCACACACAUAUCACAUCAACUCCAUAUCAGUCAACAGCGACUAUGAAACCUACAUGUCAGCUGAUGACCUGAGGAUUAACCUAUGGAACUUUGAAAUAACCAAUCAAAGUUUUAAUAUCGUCGACAUCAAGCCAGCCAACAUGGAGGAGCUCACAGAGGUGAUCACAGCGGCCGAGUUCCACCCCCAUCACUGCAACACCUUCGUGUACAGCAGCAGCAAAGGGACAAUCCGGCUGUGUGACAUGCGGGCGUCGGCCCUGUGUGACAGGCACACCAAAUUUUUUGAAGAGCCGGAAGAUCCAAGCAACAGGUCGUUUUUCUCUGAAAUCAUCUCUUCGAUUUCGGAUGUGAAGUUCAGCCACAGUGGGAGGUAUAUCAUGACCAGAGACUAUCUGACGGUCAAAGUGUGGGAUCUCAACAUGGAAAACCGCCCCAUCGAGACUUACCAGGUUCACGACUACCUCCGCAGCAAGCUGUGCUCCCUCUACGAAAAUGACUGCAUUUUUGAUAAAUUUGAAUGUGUGUGGAAUGGGUCAGACAGUGUCAUCAUGACGGGCUCCUACAACAACUUCUUCAGGAUGUUUGACCGAAACACCAAGCGCGAUGUCACCCUUGAGGCCUCGAGGGAAAACAGCAAACCCCGAGCUAUCCUAAAACCGCGCAAAGUGUGCGUGGGGGGCAAGCGGAGAAAAGACGAGAUCAGUGUCGACAGUCUGGACUUUAGCAAAAAGAUCUUGCAUACAGCUUGGCAUCCUUCAGAAAAUAUUAUAGCAGUGGCGGCUACAAAUAACCUAUAUAUAUUCCAGGACAAGGUUAACUAGGAGGACAAGUUAUUACUUAAUAAUCUCACAUACUGAGUACUAGUCAAACAAGUUUUUAAAUGUUUCUUUGGGUGUUCAUUUGAUGCAUCGACUCUAAUUUCCCUCUGCAGGAAACAAAUGGAAUAGAAGUCCAUGGAGUCCAACCUUCCCAAAUCCCCAGUUCUAAGAAAUUUUGUCAAACCCAACAGGUUCUGGGACACUUCUGUUUAGAAUUGAGAGCUGCCAGCUAACAGUAAUUCUUCCAUAGCUGACUUGAAUUUCUGAUGCUUUUAUUGCCCCGUUUUCUCUGGUGGGUCCAGUGUUUUGUUUCUAGGUGUCUGCUGAGAUAAAAUGAGGUUGUCUGUAGUAUUUAAAGAGAAAAGAAAGAGAUACUUUUUUUUUUAAUUAAGCAACUCCAUUUGAUGAUUGAAAAAAAAUUCAACGAAAAAUAAACACCGUUUACUCUA